CUGAAGCACUCGCAUUAUUUGGAAACGUUAUCGUUGUAACCAUUAACUACCGUAUAGGUAUGUUCGGGUUUUUACGAGACCCAAAAGGAUUCUUUCCAGGAAACCAGGGUCUCUGGGAUCAGCAUCUUGCUAUCAAAUGGGUUCAUGAUCAUAUCGAUAGUUUCUUUGGUUAUAAGGAUGAAAUCACAAUAUUUGGCGAAUCUGCAGGCGGAGCUUCCGUUAUAUUUCAGGCUUUAUAUCCGGGAAAUGAGGGAUUAUUUAAAAGGGUAAUCGCAGAGAGUGGAUCUGCAAUCGCACCUUGGGCCAUAAAUAAAGCGUCAAAAUUCGAAAAAUAUUUCUACGAUAAAGGAUGUGAUCCUAAUUCGAAUACAUUAGCUUUAUGUCUGCAAGCAAAAACACCUAUAUCACUACAGUCAAAUGUUACAAACUUUGGCCCAGUUAUAGACGGUGAUUUUGUAAUCGCCUCUCCCAUCGACAUUGUCAACGGCAAUUCUACCAAGACCGCUAGAGCUAGAAACUUCUUUGCUUCUUUGGAUAUCAUUGUGGGUGCAAAUGACAAAGAUGGCGCUUCACUUUUCGGUUUAUAUCAACAAGCACUUAACCACUCUGAUCUUGAUUUUAAUAUAUCGAAAGACGAAUUCAGAAAUACAGUUGUUCCAAUUUUAAUUGAUCAAGCUCUAUUAUCUGAAAGCAGUGACACAAAAGAAGCUUUGGAAAAGGUUUUGAUAUUUUUCUAUACCGACUGGAAUGACCAACAUAACAAUGCCGGUAUAUGGAAACAUGUUACAGAUAUGAGUACUGACGCUGUGUUUUUUUCACCGGCGUCUCAGACGGUAGAUGCGCAUGUCAGAUUAAAUGUCGGGAAGACGUACCUGUACGAAUUUGCCGCUCAAACAAGGCAACAUUAUCUACCUGUACCGUCAUGGAUGAAAGGAUCUAACCAUGCGGACGAAAUACAAUAUGUAUUUGGAUUUCCAUUGCGUGAACAUUUAUCGGUGCUGGGCAUCAGCAAUUUCAGUUAUAACUUGGAGGAAAAACAGAUCGCUUCUGCAACAAUGGCGAUGUGGUCUAACUUUGCUAAAUCAGGAAACCCGAACAUACCAAUGGAUAUCACAAAAUUCACGAACACUACAUGGCCGACAUAUGAUAUGACGUCACAACAUUAUUUUCGGAUAUCAAAUCAGAUGUCUUCUGCAUCAAUCAUGGAACGAUUCUACCCGAGAAGAAUGGCUUUUUGGUCUGACAUUAUUCCAGAAAUAAGAAGACAACAUUGUCCCGACAAACAGCAACCAGCCAUGUUCCAUUUUGAUCCUUCUACAGAUUUAGUUGGUUAAAUACAGAAAACGGCAAAUCAUUUGCUUUCUUAAAAAUUAAUCUUCAACGUUAUAUCAUUUUUCAAUCCAAUAUGUAAAAUCUAUUGCUGUAUAAAAAGAGACAAGUUUUGAAGAGAAAAAAAAAACACACACAAAUAAACUGUAUUCAGUAACCAAAUAAAUAACUUCGAAUGAAGAGAAAUAUUUA